UCUCUUUUAGUUUAAACUUUCCCUUCUCCACCAAAACAUAUCGUACUCUCUCUCUCUCCCUUCCCAUAUCAAGCAAUGUGGACGAGCCACCUGAACCGUCCGAUCCUUCUCCUCGUCGUCUUUUUGCUUGUCGCCGCUUCUCUGACCGCCGAAGAAAACCGGAUGACAUCAAGAAACUUCCGGUACCGAACUCACAGAUACGUCCCGAGGGUUCAGCAUCCGUAUUACGUGGCUCCUCGCGGUUCGUGUGACUCUUUUUCUCGUACGUACGCGCGGUCUAUGUGCCUUGAGCUUCAAAGAAUCCACCGUAACAGCCGGAAACAGCCACUUGCUCCCCCUCCUCCUCCGCUCGAGAUUGAUCCAAGGUACGGCGUCGGCGUCGAUAAAAGACUCGUCCCCUCCGGUCCAAAUCCUCUUCACAACUAAAACCCUAUACCCCCUGUUUGUAUACAGAGACCCUAUAGUUACAUAUUUUAUAGCCAGGCUGACACGUUUCUUGGUGUUCCUUGGAGUACUUGUUCGAGUGAUCAAUGUUUUCAAAGAUAUUAUUUUUCCCGAAGACGUACGAAGUCAUUUCUUCUUUGCGGAGCAUUCUUGAAUCUUGAUUCUACUCUACUCUACUCUCUUCAUCUAUGUUAUAUGUUGUUACUAUUUCCACGCUUGUUUUCUUAAGACUUGUACAGUGUGGAAACAAUCUUGGAAAUAGUGUAUUCUUGCAAAGUCUUUCUUUUUCAUUUUACUGCUUGCUUAUUUGAAACCUUUUUUUUUUGUUAAGAGAAAAACGAUUUAGCACGUAAUAUAUGGUUGGGAGAGGAGAGAAGGAGAAACGCAUGAAUUCCAUUAA